AUGGCGCAGGAUCCGAACAGGCUUGCGCAGUUCAAAUAUGCGGCCAUGUCCAACCUGGUCCUCCAGGCGGACCGGCGCUUCGUGACACGGCGAGGCGACGACGCCACGGGCGACCCGGAGUCGCUGGCCGGCCGCAUUAGCAUCAAGGAGAUGGGCGGGCGCGUGGCCCGCGACAGCGCGCCGACGGACAAGAAGAAGAAGAAGCAAGGCGGGCUGGCCGACAUCGAGCGCGGCGACAUCCACGAGGGCGAGGACGUGCUGGAGCGCGAGCAGAAGAAGCGCAAGCGCGGCGAGCCGCAGCAGCUGCGCGGCACUGGCAUCCUGAGCCAGGCGGACCUGCUCGUUGAAGACCUGCGCUACCGGCCGCGCACCCCCGCCACCAGGUCCACGUACGAGCUAAUCACAACCAUCGUCGGAAGGCAUCUGGGCGACGUGCCGAACCACGUCGUGCGCAGCGCCGCGGACGCGGUGCUGGAGUACCUGAAGGAUGAGAAUCUCAAGGACUUCGACAGGAAAAGGGAGAUCGACGACAUUCUCGGGUCGACCAUGGGCUCGAAAGAGUUCAACGAGCUCGUCAACCUGGGCAAGAAGAUCACCGACUACGACGCCCAAGACGACGACGAGGAAAUGGGCGACGCGGCGGACGGGGCUGCGGGCGCAGAGCUGGAUGAGAAGCAGGGUGUCGCGGUCGUUUUCGAUGAGGAUGACGAUGAUGAGGAGGCGGGCCAGACGUUUGAGGUUCGGGACGAGAAUGAUACCUCGGAUGAAGAGGAAGGAGAUUUCGCCGAACGGCAAGGCGCUGAGGGUGCUACGGCUGCUGGCGGCGGUAUACUUGCCGACGACGAGGACGGCGACAACCUUGGAGGCGAGGAGGAGAUGAUUAUCGACGGUGGCAUGGACGCAUCCGCGGCGGAAAAGAAGGGCGCGGAUAGGCCGAUUCCGGCGCACGAAAUCGACGCAUAUUGGUUACAGCGCCAGAUCGGACAAAUAUACGAGGACGCGCACAUCCAGCAGGAGAAGACUCAAGAGGCAUUGCAAAUACUGUCUGGAGAAACCGAGGACGACGAGGAGAAACCGCUCCGUGAGAUUGAGAACGACCUUAUGGAGCUUUUCGACUGGGAGCACCACGAGCUCGUUGCGAAGCUCGUUUCUAACCGGGAUAAGGUUGUCUGGGUCACCAGGUGGCGAAAGGUCGAAGACGAUGCCAGCGCGCGGGGAGCCAUUGAGAGGGAAAUGAUUGCCGCCGGUCACAGGAAGAUCUUGAACGAGCUACGGACAAGAGAAGACGCCCCGACGGAUGCGCCUGCAUCGAAGAAGAUGAAGGUCGAGCUCAUGGACAUUGACGUUCCUAAGGCAGAGGAGAAGCCGGACGCUGCAAAGGAUGGCGGAUUGGUCGGCGGUCUCCAGCCCAGGAGGCUGAUAAACCUGGAGAACCUGGUCUUUGAGCAGGGUAACCACCUUAUGACCAACCCGAACGUCAAGCUGCCCCAAGGUUCAACGAAGCGGACCUUCAAGGGCUACGAGGAAAUCCAUGUUCCAGCACCGAAGCCUAGGAGAGACCCGAACGAUGCGCCGGACUUGCCUGUCAGUGAACUUCCCGAAUGGGCACGAGUUGGUUUUGGUACCUCGAAGAGUCUUAACAGGAUCCAAACACGAUGCUACCCCACAGCUUUCAAGGACGACGGCAACAUGUUGAUUUGCGCGCCUACCGGUUCCGGAAAGACGAACGUUGCCAUGUUGACCAUGCUCCGUGAGAUUGGCAAACACAGGAACCCGGAGACUGGUGAGAUCAACUUGGAUGAGUUCAAGAUCAUCUACAUCGCCCCUCUCAAGGCUCUGGUGCAAGAACAAGUCGGAAACUUCGGAAAGAGGCUUGAGCCAUAUGGCAUCAAGGUUUCUGAGCUUACAGGUGAUCGUCAACUUACCAAGCAGCAGAUUGCGGAUACCCAGGUGAUUGUCACGACCCCUGAGAAGUGGGAUGUCAUUACUCGAAAAGCCACCGACACGAGCUACACAAACUUGGUGCGGUUGAUUUGUAUCGACGAGAUUCACUUGCUGCAUGAUGAUCGUGGUCCCGUCCUGGAGAGCAUCGUCAGCAGAACCAUCCGCCGCCAGGAGCAAACCGGUGAUCCCGUGCGCAUCAUUGGUCUUUCUGCCACCCUUCCUAACUACCGUGACGUUGCCAGCUUCCUGCGGGUUGAUCCUGUCAAAGGCCUCUUCCACUUUGACGGAACUUUCAGGCCUUGCCCGCUGAAGCAGGAGUUCAUCGGUGUCACCGACAAGAAGGCCAUCAAGCAGCUGAAGACGAUGAAUGACGUCUGCUACACGAAGGUUCUGGAACAAGUUGGGCAGCAGGACAACCAAAUGCUCAUUUUCGUCCAUUCGCGAAAGGAAACUGCGAAAACCGCCAAGUACAUUCGCGACAAGGCGUUGGAGAUGGAGACGAUCGGACAGAUCAUUCGCAGUGAUGCAGCCAGCCGGGAGAUUCUGCGGUCAGAAUCUGAUGGUGUACAGAACGCGGACCUGAAGGAUGUGAUGCCUUACGGCUUUGGUAUCCACCACGCUGGUAUGAGUCGUGCUGACCGUACCUCUGUGGAAGAUCUCUUCGCCGACGGUUCUCUUCGCGUAUUGGUUUGCACUGCUACGCUGGCCUGGGGUGUCAAUCUUCCUGCUCACACAGUCAUCAUCAAGGGCACCCAGAUCUAUUCGCCUGAGAAGGGUAGCUGGGUUGAGCUUAGUCCGCAGGACGUGUUGCAGAUGCUUGGUCGUGCCGGUCGUCCGCAGUAUGAUACAUACGGUGAAGGUAUUAUCAUCACGACACAAUCCGAGCUACAGUACUACCUGUCACUCAUGAACCAGCAACUUCCCAUUGAGUCGCAAUUCAUGAGCAGACUAGCAGACAACCUCAACGCUGAAAUCGUCCUCGGCAACGUUCGGACGCGGGACGAGGCUGUCGAAUGGCUCGGCUACACUUACCUGUAUGUCCGUAUGCUCCGGUCGCCGGGUCUUUACAGCGUCGGCGCCGAGUACGAGGACGACGAGGCUUUGGAACAGAAGCGAGUCGAUCUCAUCCACUCGGCCGCUACUGUAUUGGAAAAGUCGAACCUCGUCAAAUAUGACAAGAAGAGCGGCAAGUUGACGUCUACAGAGCUCGGUCGUGUUGCUUCGCAUUACUACAUUACCCACAGCUCCAUGGCCACAUACAACAUGCACAUCCAGCCGAACAUCUCUACUAUCGAACUUUUCCGCGUCUUCGCACUCAGUGACGAAUUCAAGUACAUCCCCGUUCGUCAGGAUGAAAAGCUUGAACUCGCCAAGCUUCUCGGACGUGUCCCCAUUCCCGUCAAGGAGAGCAUCGAGGAACCCCAUGCCAAGAUCAACGUCCUGCUGCAGGCCUACAUCUCGCGUCUCAAGCUUGAGGGUCUGGCUUUGAUGGCUGAUCUCGUCUACGUCACCCAGUCUGCCGGUCGUAUCCUGAGGGCAAUCUUCGAGAUCUGCCUGAAGAAGGGCUGGGCCCACGUCGCGAAAACGGCAUUGGACUUGUGCAAGAUGGCCGAGAAGCGCAUGUGGCCCACGAUGACGCCUCUCCGCCAGUUCUCCAAUUGCCCUCGUGAUAUUGUGCAGAAGGCUGAACGUAUCGAUGUGCCCUGGUCAAGCUACUUCGACCUUGAUCCCCCGCGUAUGGGUGAGCUUAUGGGUCUCCCUCGUGCUGGCCGUACUGUGUGUGCGCUUGUCGAGAAGUUUCCUCGCCUGGAGAUCCAGGCCCAUGUCCAGCCAAUGACGCGGUCCAUGCUCCGCAUGGAGUUGACCAUCACUCCAAACUUCGUGUGGGACGAGACUUUGCAUGGCAACGCCGAGAGCUUCUGGAUCAUAGUUGAGGACUGUGAUGGUGAGGAAAUCCUCUUCCACGACCAGUUCCUCCUGCGUCGCGAAUACGCCACUUCGGAGAUGAACGAGCACCUUGUUGAGUUCACCGUCCCCAUUACGGAGCCGAUGCCUCCCCACUACUUCAUCACCGUUGUAUCCGACCGUUGGAUGCAUUCAGAGACCAAGAUCGCCGUGUCCUUCCAGAAGCUGAUCCUCCCGGAGAAGUUCCCUGCGCAUACCCAGCUUCUGGACAUGCAGCCUCUGCCUGUCGCUGCUCUCAAGAGGCCCGAUUUUACUGGACUGUACCCUAAAUGGGAACGCUUCAACAAGGUGCAGACCCAGACCUUCCCUGCUCUCUUCCAGCAGGACGACAACGUCUUCGUCGGCGCGUCGACCGGCAUGGGCAAGACCGUGUGCGCUGAGUUUGCCCUGUUGCGGCAUUGGGCCAAGCAGGAGGGCGGCAAGGCAGUCUAUGUCGCUCCAUUCCAGGAGUUGGUCAACAACAGAUAUAAAGACUGGAAAGAGCGUCUAGCAAAUGUCGCCGGUGGCAAGGAAAUCGUCAAACUUGUCGGCGACACCUCUGACCUUCAAUUGGCGCAACAGGGUGAUCUCAUCCUCGCAACCCCGCAGCAGUGGGAUCUCGUCUCGCGUCAAUGGCAGCGUCGUAAGUACGUUCAGGCAACCCAGCUCUUCAUUGCCGAUGAUUUGCACAUGCUUGGCGGACAGGGUGGCUUCGUCUACGAGACGGUCGUGUCGAGGAUGCACGCAAUGACGCUGCAGCUGGAGUCCGACAUGCGUAUCAUCGGCCUGAGCGUUUCGCUUUCGAACGCUCGUGACAUCGGCGAGUGGAUUGGAGCUACCAAGCACACCAUUUUCAACUUCGCCCCUGGCGUUCGGGCCGUGCCGUUGGAACUCCACAUCCAGUCUUUUACCAUCCCACAUUUCCCGUCGCUCAUGCUUGCCAUGGCCAAGCCUGCCUACCAGGCGGUGCUGCAGAUGUCGCCUGAUAAGCCUGCGAUGAUCUUCGUGCCGAGCCGCAAGCAGGUCAGGAAUACCGCUCUCGAUCUCAUUGCUGCCUGUGUUGCCGACGACGACGAAGAUCGCUUCCUGCACGCUUCCAUCGAGGAGAUGCAGCCUGUCUUGGAGAAGAUCAAUGAGCCUGCUCUGGCUGAGUCCCUCUCACACGGUAUCGGUUACUACCACGAGGCUCUGUCGGCCUUCGACAAGCGGGCGGUCGAGCACUUCUUCCGGGUCGGUGCCAUCCAAGUUCUCCUCGUAUCGCGUGACUGCUGCUGGGAGAUCAACGUCAACGCUCACUUGGUCAUCGUUAUGAACACGCAGUUCUUCGAGGGUAGGGAGCAUCGCUACAUCGACUAUCCGAUUAGCGAAAUCCUGCAAAUGUUUGGCAAGGCUGGGCGUCCGGGCCAAGAAAAGCUCAGCAAGGGUGUCCUGAUGGUGCCCGCUGUCAAGCGGGAGUACUACAAGAAGUUCUUGAAUGAGGCUCUUCCGAUUGAGUCGCACCUUCAGGUCUUCCUUCACGACGCGUUUGUCUCCGAGAUCAGCACCCGCAUGAUAUCGUCCACUCAGGAUGCUGUUGACUGGUCGACUUACACCUAUUUCUACCGCCGCCUUCUUGCAAACCCGAGCUACUACGGCCUCACAGAUACUUCGCAUGAAGGUCUUAGCGCUCACUUGUCAGAAUUGGUUGAGAGCACCCUGAAGGACCUCGUCGACGCCAAGAUCAUUGAGCUGGAUGAAGACGACGACUCGAUCACACCGCUUAACCCCGCCAUGAUUGCCGCUUACUACAACAUCUCCUUCAUCACCAUGCAGACCUUCCUGCUUUCGCUCAAUGGGCGCACAAAGCUCAAGGGCAUCCUCGAGAUUAUCACCUCGGCGACAGAGUUCGAAGGCAUCCAAAUCCGGAGGCACGAAGAUCACGUCCUGCGUCGGGUGUACGACCGCCUGCCGGUAAAGAUGGCGGACGCGUCGUACGAGUCACCACACUUCAAGGCGUUCGUCCUCCUGCAGGCGCACUUCUCUCGCAUGCAGCUCCCAGUCGAUCUGGUCAAGGACCAGGACACAAUACUGAAGAAGGUGCUCCCGCUGCUGCAAGGCUGCGUCGACGUGCUCUCGUCCGAGGGCCACCUCAACGCCAUGAACGCAAUGGAGAUUUCGCAGAUGGUGGUGCAGGCCAUGUGGGACCGCGACAGCCCGCUCAAGCAGAUCCCGCACUUUGACAACCAGCUAGUCAAGGAGGCCAACGCGGUUGGCGUCCAAGACGUGUCGGACUUCAUCGACGCCAUGGACCCGGAGGCGCCCAACAACAAGGAGCUCGUGAAGCGGCUCGACUUCUCGGGCGCGCAGCUGGCCGACGCGGCGCGCUUCGUCAACGAGUUCUACCCAGACCUGUCGGUCGAGUUCGACGUGCUCGACCCCGACGACAUCGCCGCCGGUUCGCCCGCGUACCUCAGCAUCACGGUCACGCGCGAGACGGACGAAGAAGAGGAAGAGGAGGCGCCAAAGAACGCCCCGAGGGCGGUGCAUGCGCCCUUCUUCCCCUCCGACAAGACCGAGUGGUGGUGGCUCGUCGUCGGCGAGGAGAGCACCAAGAGCUUGCUCGCCAUCAAGCGCGUCCAGGUCCAGCGCGAGCUCAAGACUAAGCUGGAAUACGUGGUCCCCACGCCGGGCGAACACGAGCUUACGCUGUACCUGAUGAGCGACAGCUACGUGGGCGUGGACCAGGCGCCGACUUUCAAGGUCAGCGUGGCGGAGGGUAUGGAGGAGGACGACGAGGAGGAAGAGGAUGAGGAGUAG